AUUGUAUUAUAUAUCAUUUUUUGUACUAAUAUACAUUUAGAUAUUCUGAACAAUUCACAUUAAUUUUACUGUUAAGCUAUAUAUCUCGGGAUAUAUAGUUCAACAAUAAUGUUGUAGUAACUUUAUGCAUGCUAUCUUUUUUUCAGCUAGACAACUUGAAGAAGAUCAGUAUUCAUUGCCAUCACGCUCUAUUAUAGAUGAAUCACAACCGUUAUAUUACGGUGAUUAUUUUUCGCAGGACGAACAAAGUUUUCUAGUUGAUUAUAAUCCCGAUAUACCUCCCGAAUUACAGAUCAAGAAAGGAGUUAAACAUAAAUUCCGUAAAGAACAGAGUGAUUCUGUGCUACAAAUGCAGGAAAAGAAAUAUAGUGCAGGAAAAGAAAUAACAAUAGAGAAUAUCAACGAGAGAACAACAGAGAAUAUCAACAAAAGAACAACAGAGAAUAUCAGCAAAAGAACAGAGAAUAUCAGUGAAAAAGAAAAUGCGAAAGAAGAUUCAAUAUUGAUAAAUCGUACAUGGAAUAUGGUGUUACAUAGAGUGUUAUACGUCGUGCACGACACAUGCGGUAAAGUAAAAAGCGGUCAUCGGAUAUGCCGGCGAGUCUCUACGCCGACAAAUAACGCAAAGCCAUCGAAGUCGGUUUGGAAUGAAAGAGCCGCGGCUCCUCUGAAAUCAAUCCGCGGCGCCUGUGAAAUCAAGCCGCGGCUUCCUUUAUCGCUAAAGGAACUGUUCCGAUUGGCGAUCUCAGACGACCAAUCGGAAAUUAAUCCGAAUUUAUAAAAGGAGAUCGAGGCGCGUUAGAGCAGGCCAGUCGAAUUCUGAUCGGUUAGCGAGCAUAUCGUUUUGAUCACCGGCAUAUCCGAGUUCGUGGCUCAGGAGCUCAGUCUCCCUAAGCGUUGCCCAGACAGUUACGCGACUCAGGGCUAUCGCCCCUAGGCGUCGUCGUGAUUCGCGAACUGCAAAACUGUAAAAACGACUUAACGUCGGAACAAUUCGGUGGUGUACUAGUGCCAAAUUUAAUAAACAUAUUGGAACAUGGUGAUUCAGUGAAGCCUAUCAUUCACCCUACAAGCGAAAACUAUUGUGUGUGGUGAACAGCUCUCCAUACACGAAACAUAUGGUCUUGACUAUUAAUCGGAAAUUGGAUUCACUCUUGGCUUUUCAUAAUGAGCAGAAGCCUUUAUCAACGAACCAUUUAGAUUUGUUACCUGAUUUCCCGUUGUGUUCUAUGGAAGACUUUCACACAUUUUGUACUGAUUUAAAUGAUAAUGAAGAAAUACGAAAACAAUUUCAGAAAAAAUUUGUAAUAUAGGUGGAAAAUCAGCAGAAUAUCAUAUCGUUAACUGUUUGGUUAUAACUCUCACGAAUGAACUAGCUAAACAAU